CUCCUCUCUUCGCCGAACGGAAGGGCGACGUUCGUCAUGUUUAAUAAUGCGGCCGUUGGACGGUAACUGCUGGUCUGUGUGCGUCGUUGGGACGGCGCUGGCCGUCUGGAUGUGAUGUGGUCUGGUGACAACAUGCUGGGUCUUUUCUCCUGUCUCCAAUAGAAGCAACAUCAGUAAUCAUGAAUAACGACCAGCAAACCACUAAAUCGGGUUUAAAAACCGGGUACCAAAGUAACAAUGGGCCGACCUCCCAGAUCCCGGGCCUGUCCACGGAAGCUGACAGCCUCCCAGAAGAGAAGGCCCGUGGAAGGAGGGUGGGGGUCAUGGAGUCUGACUCUGACUAUGUCAAACUGGCCAAGCAGGGCGGACAAAAGGGACUUCUCUGGCAUGAGGAGACUCUUGCUUCCAAACCCUCUCAGUAUACGCCUUCAAACUGGUUUGGCGACUCUGAAGAACCAGCAGACGACAAUGGAAACAUAAGUAACGAGGAUGUAAAAAAAAAUGGUGCCUCCUCCCGACUUAUGGCCGCUCCAUUCGGGACGGAUGGUAAUAUGGAAAAGGGUGAUGGCAACGGAGUGAAGGACGAUGUGAAGGACGAUGGGAAGGACGAUGGGAAGGACGAUGGGAAGGACGAUGGGAAGGACGACGUCAACAAUGAGCUGGAUGACGAGGAGGUUGUCAGCCCAACUGAUGACGAAGAUAUGAGCUCCUCCUUCAAAAAAAUGGCCUUUGAUAAGAAACCUAACCCCGUCAGCAUGUCCAAGCUGUUGAGCUUCGGUUACGUUGAAGAAGAGAAAGCUACACCCGAACGUAAAUUAUCAAAAUAAACAGAUUGACCGUCUGAGACCGGGAAGAACACACACACACACACACACACACACACACACACACACACACACACACACACACACA